AUGAUGAAAUUAUUAACAGCAUUUGCAUUAAUUACAUCAAUCUUCUAUUUCUUCUUUAGUCAAUUUGUAUCUGCAGGUUCAACUGAACUUCCAGAAAAUCCCCCAAUUACCAACAAAGUUUUCUUUGAUAUUGAAGAAGAUGGUAAACUGAUUGGUAGAAUCACCAUUGGUUUAUUUGGAACAAUUGUUCCUAAAACAGUUGAAAAUUUUAGACAAUUGUCUACCUCAACUGAUCCAAAAUUUGGAUAUACUGGUUCUAUUUUCCAUCGGGUUAUUCCUAAAUUUAUGAUUCAAGGUGGUGAUUAUGAAACUGGUCAAGGUUAUGGUGGUAAAUCAAUUUAUGGUGGGAAAUUUGAGGAUGAAAAUUUUCAAUUGAAACAUGAUAGACCAUAUAGAUUAUCAAUGGCUAAUGCUGGUAAAAACACAAAUGGUAGUCAAUUUUUCAUUACUACCGUGAUUACUAAAUGGUUAGAUAAUGCUCAUGUUGUAUUUGGUGAAGUUAUUGACGGAUUUGAAGUGAUUGAUUAUAUUGAAAAAGUCAAAACCAGUCGUGGUGAUCGUCCAGUUAAGGAAAUCAAGAUUGCGUUAUCUGGUGAAAUUGAACUUGAACCAGAAGUCAAACAACAACAACAAGAAGAAACGAUUGAAAAGAUUCAAGAUGAAAAGGUGAUUAAAGAUGAACUUUAA